UGUAAAUGUGCUGAAGAUACUCGCUGCCCCAAGCAUCAGGCACCCUCCGUUUUUAUCUACAGUCACAGCAGUGACUCCCACAGGGAAUUCUCUACAGGUGCCUUGGCAAUGGCUCUGCUUUAAGGAGACAAAAGAUUCUGCUCCUUGUUUUGCUGUUAUCCUUGGGACAUGUGGGAGCAGCUUGAAGUUCAAACAGACCCCUCUCGCUCAUGCCAAGAACCGGAACAUUAAGGAAUUUGCCUACACUGCUGACUGCAGGGUUGCACAGACCUGUUUUUGACAGUAGGAGAAGACCAAAGACUCCUUAAACUGUGGCUGUAUUUAUCGCUCCAAUGCGCACAGGUCUGUGUUUUCAUUGAGAGUUCUUCCCCCUGAUAAUCCCCUGCAUGGUAAAAGUUGCGGUGAGGUCAUGCUGGGGCUUGUUUGAAGUUUUUUUUCCCCUAACUCUGUCUCCGUCUCUCUCACAAGUCAAAGGUGAGGGAUUAUGCUUACUUUUGGAAUGUGGCCUGGAGGUGAAAGACUCAGAGUGUGGCUGUGUUAGAGAGAGAGUGCUUAAGUUGCCGAGAACAAGCUUGUGGAGGUGUCCGUGAUGUGAAAUGUGAUUUCUAAAGGAAAGAUCACAUCUCCUCACCAAGACCUAGUUGGUAAAACUCUAUAUGAAGUUGUUGUUUUCCAGAAUGGGACUCCAGGAGGAACUGCAGACUCUUACGCCUUCAGGAGGGGCUGAGAGGAGGGUAGAAGCUGAGCUGGGAGUUGUUAAGAACAACGUGGGAGAGGAGGACAACGAAAGACAAGAGGCGGAUCAGAGGGAGGAACGUCGAGAGAGCCCGGGGCAGAGGAGGAGUGCAGUUGGAAAACUCAACAGGUGGUUUUACCUGAGCAGUACAGGGAAUGGGGGGUGGAGGAAAGGGGAAGUACUAGGAAUGAGGACGGACCAGUUACCGUCUUUCUUCCAGGACAGCUGUGUGCAACAAGCCUCUGCGGAAGACUUCGAUUUGGCUGGGGAAGAGAAAGCUUGGACUAAAGAAGUCUCUGCUGAUGUUUGCCACAUUCCCAUUAAGGAGAAAAAUUGUAAUGCUAUAUCUGUGGAGAAUGCAACAGAAACUCAUGUGGCGGUCUUGCGAAGGCCUGCACAUGGGCUUCGGCUCCUGGGCAGCAGAAGAGUGGUGAGCAUGUUUGUCUUCCCAGAUGACAAAAGGAUACUCCCAACCACAACAACCAACAACCAAGACAGCUCUACAAAACCCCACAGUGUUUGCAUGUUGGCAGCUACCACUUAUAGCAACGUUCUUCUGCCUACCUCUACCCCCAAAAAGCAAGGCUGCCCGGAUGUGGUCCAGCGGUGUCAGACAAGACGUGCCGAGUUGCGUGCCAUAGACGGUCUAAAACCAGACAUGCCGCCUUCUGUCAGCCUGUUUCAUUAUCCACUAGAAGAACCGCUAAUCUGUCGGACUUCAAAAAGCAGAAGCAAACCGCGGCCUGUUAGCAUGACUGUUCUUGAGCUUAAUAAAGAGCGAACUGGAUCCCGGGAUGAGCUCGCAAGCCACGCUUCCACUGGCACCAGUAGUUUGCCUCGUCCAGGCUUCCGAUGGAAAUGGUUUGGUCGUCAGGCAACGAGCAAGGAAGUCGUAGUGACUCAGACUUCAACAAGGCUAAAGGAACCAGAUAAGGUGGAAGGACAAAAGAGAAUGUUCGGAUCACUGCGGAGGAGCUUGAGUCUCAGGAUGAGGCGGAAUCGUAAUCAACUUGAGCAGGAGGACCGAACUGAAUGGAGACGUACUGCAAGUAUCGGAGAAAAAUCUAUGCCAACCACUCGUCCGUUUUCCUACCUUACUGGCAGGACAUUAAUGCCAGCUCGUGAGCAAGACGAGGACCAAGGGGCCACACAGUACAUACAGUACCAAACUCGUGGCAAGGUAGCGGUCUUGGAGGUCCCUCUCUGUCCUGCCAAACUAACCAAGCCCACCAAACAAUUGCAACCAGAGACUAGUUUUUGGCAACUAAUUACUAAUCGUUUUAAGAGGAAGGACCCGUUGUCCAGCAACAAAUCUGAGCUGUGCCCUGAAAGCCAAGCAGUUGGCAGCAAUCCCCCUGUGAGAAAUAAAAAGCCAGAUUCUGUUGCUAUAGAGACUCUAGCUGGCAUUGGUUUCCACAAAGGUCAAGAUUCCUUUGUCAACAGUCAGGAAUGGACAUUGAGUCGAUCAGUACCAGAGCUCAAAGUGGGCAUCGUGGGAAACCUGUCCAGUGGGAAGUCAGCAUUAGUUCACCGGUAUCUGACAGGAACAUAUGUCCAGGAGGAGUCGCCUGAGGGAGGGAGGUUUAAAAAGGAGAUUGUGGUGGAUGGACAAAGUUAUCUCUUGCUGAUCAGGGAUGAAGGCGGCCCCCCAGAACUGCAGUUUGCUGCCUGGGUGGACGCGGUGGUGUUCGUCUUCAGCUUGGAGGAUGAGAUCAGCUUUCAGACAGUUUAUAACUACUUCCUGCGUCUUUCCAGCUACAGGAACACGGCAGAGGUUCCCAUGGUGCUGGUGGGGACGCAGGACGCCAUCAGCGCUGCCAACCCCAGAGUGAUAGAUGACGCCCGGGCUCGGAAACUGUCCAACGACCUGAAACGCUCCACGUAUUAUGAAACUUGCUCCACCUAUGGUCUGAACGUGGAGAGAGUCUUUCAAGAUGUUGCUCAGAAAGUGGUGGCGCUGAGGAAAAAACAGCAGCUUUCGAUUGGUCCGUGUAAAUCUCUGCCCAACUCUCCCAGCCACUCGUCUGUCCCGGCCGCAUCCAUCCCCUCUGUACACAUUAAUCAGGCUGCUAAUGGAGGAGGUGCGUUCAGCGAUUACUCCUCCUCCGUUCCCUCCACCCCCAGCAUAAGCCAGAGGGAGAUGCGCAUCGAGACAGUGGCCGCCUCCAACACUCCCACGCCCAUCCGCAAGCAGUCCAAACGGCGCUCCAAUAUCUUCACAUCACGGAAAGCCAGUGAUCAGACAAAGAGCAUUGAGAGUAAAACUGACAGUAUAGGGAGUGGAAGGGCCAUACCCAUCAAACAGGGGAUUUUGUUAAAAAGGAGUGGGAAGUCACUUAAUAAGGAGUGGAAGAAGAAAUACGUAACUUUGUGUGACAACGGCCUGCUCACGUACCACCCCAGUUUACAUGACUACAUGCAGAACGUCCACGGUAAAGAAAUCGAUUUGCUGCGGACGACGGUGAAGGUACCCGGGAAGAGGCCACCCAGAGCAGUGGCUACGGUCGCCCCUACAGCCAGCCCGAAAACCAACGGACUGACCAAAGACCGCAGCACUUUACAACUCGGUAUCGGGGCCACAAGCACUCCUCACUCUAACAGCAGCAGUUCCCUUCAGUCCGGAGGCUCUGCGGCCGGUGUGACUUUGGGGACUAGUAAAGAGGGGAUGCACCAGCGGUCGUUCUCUGUGUCCAGUGCAGAACAAUGGAGCGAGGCAGUUAUCAGCACCACGGCAGCCAAUGGGAUGGCAGAUCCUCUCAGCUCCACCCCUGGCAUGAGCAGCGCCACCAGUCCCAAACUUGAGCCUCCGCCAUCACCUCAUGCCAACCGCAAGAAACACAGGCGGAAAAAGAGCACGGGCAUCACCAAACCAGACGGGCUUUCUGCAGGGAAUGAAGAGCAAGAAGAGUCCUUUGAGUUCAUCAUUGUGUCCCUGACUGGUCAGAUGUGGCACUUUGAGGCUUCCACAUAUGAGGAAAGAGAACUCUGGGUGCAGGCCAUUGAGAGUCAGAUAUUUGCCAGUCUGCAGUCCUGUGAAAGCAGCAAGAACAAGUCUCGAUUAGGAAGCCAGAGUGAUGCAGUGACCAUCCAGUCCAUCAGGAACGUGAGGGGAAACAGCUUCUGUGCAGACUGUGACGCCCCCAAUCCGGACUGGGCCAGUCUGAACCUCGGCGCUCUGAUCUGUAUCGAGUGCUCCGGGAUGCACAGGAACCUGGGUACACAUCUGUCCCGCGUACGGUCUCUGGACCUGGACGACUGGCCGGUGGAACUCAGCAUGGUGAUGACAGCCAUUGGGAAUGCCAUGGCCAACAGCGUAUGGGAGGGCUGUGUGGAAGGAUACACCAAACCCGGUGUGGACAGCACCAGAGAAGAGAAGGAGCGCUGGAUCCGGGCGAAGUACGAGCAGAAGUUGUUUCUGGUGGGUCUUCCUCAGUCUGACGUGCCUCUGGGGCAGCAGCUCCUGCGGGCGGUGGUGGAGGACGACCUGAGGCUGGUGGUUCUCCUGUUAGCCCACGGCACCAAAGAAGAGGUCAACGAGACGUACGGGGACGGAGAUGGACGUACCGCGCUGCACCUGUCCUGCGCAAUGGCUAAUGUGGUCAUCACACAGCUGCUCAUCUGGUACGGCGUGGACGUGAAGAGUCGCGACGCUCGCGGUCAGACGCCGCUGUCCUACGCGCAGCGAGCAGGAAGUCAGGAGUGCACCGACAUCCUCAUCCAACACGGUUGCCCGGGCGACAGCGGCGGCCUGUCGACACCCACGGCCACCCGACACAACCCCAACAUCAACAACAACGCUCAGUGCGAGCUGAACCGUAGUGUUAGCAUCAUGUAAUCGUGUUGAUGUUCCCAUAGAUGCUGCUCUCGUUAAAUGGCAUCAUUUCCCUCAGCAGUACGUCAUUAUUAGGAAACUGUGCGUAGUGCCAUACGUGUCACGUAAAGCCAUCACCCCAUGACGACUUCCUGUGACCAAUGUUAGCGUACACCGAGAAUUAGCAGUGUUAACAUUAUUAAUGCGUGUUAUUUUUAAGCUGAAGAAAAUGACGUUUUUAAGGAUCCUCUUGUCUGUGUAUAGAGCAAAAUAAGAGAAAUGAUGGGCAACGGGUUCUAAACAAAUUCAAGUUUUUAUUUUUAAGGUACAUCGGUUUAGAAAUAAUCAGUAUUGGAUCCUCUGGGUUUUUGUCCAUCGGAAUGUUAAAUGAUGUUGUUAAAGGGAUAGUUCAACCAAAAAUUAAAAUUGUGUCUUUAUUUACUCUCCCUCAAGUCGUUCCAAACCUCUUCUGCGGAAAAAACAAACAAACAAACAAUAUUUUGAUGAAUGUUGGGAACCAAAACUGGCUACUGACAUUCUUCAGAAUAUCUUCUUUUAUGUUCCACAGAACAAAGAAAGUCAUGAAGGUGAGUAAAUGAUGACAGAAUUUAGAUUUUUGGAUGGACUGUCCCUUUAAAUCGGCGAUUCUGAUGAAACCUGUCAAGAACGUGUAUUUCACCUCAAAGUCAAAAGAAAAGAAAAUUUGUUUUGCUACUUUAAUUUUAAGGGUUAAAUAAAGAUAAAAUAUUUAAUUUUUUUAUUUUAAUAUAGUGCAAAAUACUGUAUUACAGUAAUGAGAAUCAUAAUGAAAGAAAUAAAAGAAUUACACAAAAAAAUAGUAAUACAAAUUUUAAGGGGGAGAUUGUGAAAAAAAAAAAAUCAGAAUGCAAAAAAACUCUUAAUGGUCCUUAAUUUUCUUAUACAAAAUAUAUUUUAUUAAUUUUUGAUUUUGAUUUUGGGGUGACCUGGAUGUGCUCUUGUGAGUUUCACACAAAAACGCUUCAUUCAAGUCAACUUAUGCUUUAAAUCAACUUAUGCUAAACAUAUUUGAACCCAUAUUAUACUCAAACUUCACACAUUUAUUGGUUGCACCACCAUUGUGCCCUUGAACGAAGCUCAGAAACACUAUGGCUGCUGGGUAACGCAUUACCAUUUGUAGCAUCAGUGUGAGAUAACAAAACCCAAAUCAUCAUACUCGUUCCUAUUUUACAUUUAGCCUUUACGUGAUUGUCUUGGAAAGAAACACCUUGAAAGGCUUGAUUACCUGACAAAUACUGUGUUAUUAAGGAUGCCUUGUCUGAAUCAUUUCUGGGCCGGUCUCAAGUGGUCUUAUAACUGUUUGACACUGUCGUCCCUCUCCGGCGUAAAGCACUCCUGCCUAAUGAGAGGUCCAUUCAGUAGCAGCGGACGGUACCUACGCGCUAGAUUACGAAAUAAGACGCUCUCGCCGUGAAGUGUGUGUUUGUUACGAGUCCAGUGACCUCCACACUUGUGACAGUGUGGAUGUUUUUGUAUCCAUUAGAAUCCAGACGUGUGUUUCUAAUCGAAUGGGAUGGGAUGAACGGGAUUAUGUACAGAUGUGUGUAUAAAAUAGCUUUUCCUUCUCCCUCUUGAAGCUAGAUGUGUGUCAUGUGAUGGCCAUUAUGUACCCAUCCGAAACCUAUCAGCCUUAACCCUCGUUUGCUAAUGUGUACGGCGUGAACUUUUACAAAACACUCCUUACUUGAAAUAUGAAAUCAUGAUUAGACCCUGAUCAAUAUUUGGCACGUCAGUUAAAGGGAAAGUGGUAAAGUGAGAGGGAGGUGUCGAGUUUUUACCAGACAGUAUUUUAAGUUUACAUUAUUUUAUUUUUUUAGGUGUUUUAUAUGGAAGCUCGUUUCUGCCAUGGAAUAAAUUUUUUUUUUUUUAAAGUAAUUGAUGUUUUCUCUCACAAUCCUGACUUUUUUUCUCACAUUUGCAAGUUUGCAUAUCUCACAAUUUUGAGAAAAAAGGCAGAAUUGAGAUAUAUAUUUCUGAGAAAUUGCUGAAAUUCUAAGAAAUUCACAAUUCUUGUGAUUUUGACUUUUUUUUCACGCAAUUUCAUUUUUAUAUCUCACAAUUCUGAAAAAUGGCCGAAUUAGUUGAAAUUCCGAGAAAUUGUCACAGUUGCAAGAUAUAAACGUGCGAUUCUGACUUUUUUCACGUAAUUUCAUGUUUAUAUCUCACAGUUCUAAAAAAUGGCCGAAUUAGUUGAAAUUCCGAGAAAGUAACAAUUGCAAGAUAUAAACUUGCGAUUCUGACUUUUUUCUCGCAAUUUCAUGUUUAUAUCUCACAAUUAAAAAAAAGACUGAAUUAGUUGAAAUUCCGAGAAAGUAACAAUUGCAAGAUAUAAACUUGCGAUUCUGACUUUUUUCUCUCGCAAUUUCAUGUUUAUAUCUCACAAUUCUGAAAAAAUGGCAGAAUUGUUGAAAUUCUGAGAAAUAGUCACAAUUCUUGUGAUUCUGAUUUUUUUUUUAAUGCAAUUUCAUGUUUAUAUCUCACAAUCCUGAAAAAUGGCCGAAUUAGUUGAAAUUCCGAGAAAGUCACAAUUGCAAGAAAUUGUCACAGUUGCAAGAUAUAAACGUGCGAUUCUGACUUUUUUCACGUAAUUUCAUGUUUAUAUCUCACAAUUCUGAAAAAUGGCCGAAUUAGUUGAAAUUCCGAGAAAGUAACAAUUGCAAGAUAUAAACGUGCGAUUCUGACUUUUUUCACAUAAUUUCAUGUUUAUAUCUCACACUUCUGAAAAAUGGCCGAAUUAGUUGAAAUUCCGGGAAAGUAACAAUUGCAAAAUAUAAACUUGCGAUUCUGACUUCUUUUUCUCGCAAUUUCAUGUUUAUAUCUCACAAUUCUGAAAAAUGGCCGAAUUAGUUGAAAUUCCGAGAAAGUAACAAUUGCAAGAUAUAAACUUGCGAUUCUGACUUUUUUCUCGCAAUUUUAUGUUUAUAUCGCACAAUUCAAAAAAAAAAAAUGACCGAAUUAGUUGAAAUUCUGAGAAAUAGUCACAGUUGCAAGAUAUAAACUUGCGAUUCUGACUUUUUUCACGUAAUUUCAUGUUUAUAUCUCACAGUUCUGAAAAAUGGCCGAAUUAGUUGAAAUUCUGAGAAAGUCACAAUUGCGAGAUAUAAACUCGCAAUUCUGAUGUUUUCCCUUGCAAUUGCAAGUUUAUAUGUAGUAAUCCUGACUUUUUUCCCUCAGAAUUGAUAUGAACUUACAAUUCUGAGGAGGAAAAGUCAUCUCGCAGUUUUGACUAUAACUCGAAAUUGAGACUCUAUAUGUCACAAUUCUAAAAAGACUUUUUUCUUAGAAUAGUGAGAUACAAACUCACAAUUGCGAGUUAUAAAAUUAGAAUCAUUAGACAAACUUGCAAUUCUGAGAAAAAAAAGUAAUCUCACAAUUCUGACUUUUUCUUGCAAUUGCAAGUUUAUAUCUAACGAUUCUGACUUUAUAACUUGCAGUUGCAAGUUUGUAUCUCAAUUCUGAGGAAAAAAGACAAUUGCGAGAAAUAAAUGGCAAUUACUUUUUUUUUCAAUUCCGUGGCAGAAACAAGCUUCCAUAGUUUUACCUUCUAGCAGGUACAUUUUCUUUCAUAUCUGAGUCAAAUUUGUACAUGCAUCCUUCAUCUAACCAAGCUUUAGGAGAAAUGCCAUUGAUUUAAAAUACAACGGCUUUUAAUGUCUGCGGUUAAUUGUAUUUUAGACCUGUUUUUAAUUCUGGAAGGUCAUUUGGAGCAACAUGCAUGUAAAGUUUCUUUUGGUGGUCUGCCCACCGCAACCCUUUUGACCUUCAUAAAGUGAACAUAUAUCAACAUUAUGAACAUUUUUUAAAAAUAUAUAUAUACCUUGAGUUUGGGCUCCUGUGUAUGGCGUGAGGUUACUUGGAUGAGCUUUUGGGAAUAUGGCCGUUGAAAAUGAUAAUCAGCUCUCGCCCAUCAUCCCUGCAACUGCCGGAUUAUUGAACGCCGGGAUGCGCCUGUAAAGCUCAAUAAGUAGCCCAGUACCAGAGAGAGGCACCGUUCUGUUUUUAAGUUGUUUUUGGUACCUGUUUUUGGGUCUCAAUGUGUGCACAUUGUCUGGCCAUUGAGGUACUUUGUGUAUUAUAUGUACAUUUGACAUAUUUAUAAAAGCAAGAUGUAAAUAAUUCUUUUUGUUGUUGCUUUUAUUGAGCUGUUUGAUAACUUUUUGUUGGUUCUUUUAAUUUGUCAUUGUUUUUAAAGGCUCCUUCUGAACAUGACGGAGCAAUUUCAUGAGAGUUAGCUGUUGUGUGAUUGGAUGCUUGGCUGGCUAUUGACAUAAUAAACACUCCAAUAAAAUGAUUUAUACCAUGA